AUCGAGAAAUACCGAGAUUAGAUACCGAGGGAUGGGCCCUGCGUUCUCCGGCUUCGAGCGUGGACUUCAUUUCGGGAUUUUCGGGGGUUAGGGCGCGAAGAGGCUCUCUCAUCGAUCUCCAAAAUGAUGUCCAUACCCGUUAUCGGCAGUAUCGUGAUAAAAGUGCUCAAACUGAUCCUGAAUUUAAUCAUCCUGAUCCUUUAUCGAACGGGAUAUGGGGGCGAAUUCCUGGGAGUGGGAGGAACGUGGAAUAUGAACGAAGAGAAGAAUCCGGAUGCGGAAAUCGUCGCUUCCGGGGUAUUCGUAGGGUUCUUCAUCUACACCAGCGUGGUCCUCAUCGGCUUCUGCUUCAACCUGGAAGACCACAAGAAAUCCCUCAUUGACAUCAUCAUGAACUUCGUGGGAAUGUUCAUGUUCAUUGCUAUCGGCGGAACAGCGCUUCACUACUGGCAUGGGUACCAAAGUGAACACAAGUACCUCCACGUGGCUUCGGAACGACAGGUGGGAUUGGCAAUGGGUUCCUUGUGCAUCCUGGAAGGGGCGGCCUAUCUGGUGGACCUGAUCCUCAGCUUCCUCCACUACGCCAAAGAAGACUUCAAUUGAACAGAAAUUCAUAAAAUUAAUAUCGAGGAUUAACCAACCUCCAGUAUUCUUAUUCACCAUUGUGCAUGACACGGGAUUUCAUCCGUAGAUCUCUUCCGAUGAUUUUUUUUUUUAUCUCGCCAUUUUUGCAUGACUCGAAAGUGCAUUUUUUUUAAAUCUUUUCCUCAUUUCUCGAACGAGCCGAUCGAUCAGUACAACUUAGAAGUAAUAUGUAUGUAUAAACGUAAUGUAUUCCGUAUAGUUGAUUUUAGCGAUUAAACGCCGGAGGGGAGUUUUCUAGGGCUCUUUUUUGAAUGAAAUUAAUUUCGAGGAUUAACCAACCUCCAGUAUUUUUAUUCACCAUUGUGCAUGACUCGAAAGUGCAUUCUUUUUUUCAAUCUUUUCCUCAUUUUUCGAACGAGCCGAUCGAUCAGUACAACUUAGGAGUAAUACAUAUGUAUAAACAUAAUGUAUCCGGUAUAGUUGAUUUUAGUGAUUAAACGCCGGAGGGGAGUUUUCUAGGGCUCUUUUUUGAAUGAAAUUAAUUUCGAGGAUUAACCAACCUCCAGUAUUUUUAUUCACCAUUGUGCAUGACACGGGAUUUCAUCCGUAGAUCUCUUCCGAUGAUUUUUUUUUAUCUCGCCAUUUUUGCAUGACUCGAAAGUGCACUUUUUUUUCAAUCUUUUCCUCAUUUUUCGAACGAGCCGAUCGAUCAGUACAACUUAGGAGUAAUAUAUAUGUAUAAACGUAAUGUAUUCGGUAUAGUUGAUUUUAGCAAUUAAACUCCGGAGGGGAGUUUUCUAUUGCACUUUUUUCAGACUUAUUUAAACAGUUGGAAUAUAGGCUAGGUCGAGCUGAGAGUCCUUCGAUAAAUAAAUUGAAGAAAGUA